AUGGGUGGUCUACUCGAACUCGUACCUGCUGGUGUCGUCACUGGCAAGAAUCUCGUCAAAGUCUUGGAGUAUGCUAAGGCUCACGGAUUCGCCAUUCCUGCCUUCAAUUGCACAUCUUCUUCGACCGUCAUUGCGGCCUUAGAAGGAGCCCGAGACUCCAAAGCACCCGUGAUGAUUCAAGUCUCUCAGGGUGGUGCGGCAUUCUUUGCAGGCAAGGGUGUCAAAAACGGUAACCAGGAAGCUUCGAUUGCUGGUGCCGUAGCCGCUGCCAUGUUUGUCAGAUCCAUCGCUCCCACUUACGGAAUCCCCGUGAUCAUGCAUUCCGAUCAUUGUGCCAAGAAACUGUUGCCCUGGUUUGAUGGAAUGCUCGCGGCCAAUGAGGAGUACUACAAGACCCAUAAGGAACCCUUAUUCUCGUCUCACAUGCUCGACCUUUCCGAGGAAUCUAAGGAAGAAAACAUCGAGAUCUGUUGCAAGUACUUCGAAAGAAUGGCCAAGAUUGAUCUCUGGCUAGAGAUGGAAAUCGGGAUCACCGGUGGUGAGGAGGAUGGCGUUAACAAUGAAAACGUUGAUAAUGCUGCGUUGUACACCCAACCCGAGGAUAUUUGGGACGUUUAUUCUGCUUUCAGCAAGAUCAGCCCGAUGUUUUCGAUUGCGGCUGCCUUUGGCAACGUCCAUGGGGUAUACAAACCUGGAAACGUCUCUUUGCAACCCGAACUCCUUGGAAAACAUCAAGCUUACUGCAAGGAGAAACUUAAGACCGACGACCCACGACCUCUCUAUCUGGUUUUCCACGGUGGAUCUGGGUCCACGAAGAAGGAAAUCGCGACUGCGCUCGAAAACGGUGUUGUCAAGAUGAAUGUCGACACUGACACUCAAUGGGCCUACAUGGAAGGUUUCCGAAACUACUUCGAUUCCAAGAAGGAUUAUCUGAAAACUCAAGUUGGUAACCCGGAGGGCGCUGAUCUUCCUAACAAGAAAUGCUACGACCCACGAGUCUGGGUCCGCGAAGGAGAGAAAACGAUGGUCAAGAGAGUCAUGGAAGCUUGCCAAGAUCUCAAGAACGUCAACGUCCUCUAA